GGGAAGCCGCUAUCAGCAUGCAGCUGAUGGGGACGCCACCGGGAGGAAAACAGAACCAGCAAAGGAAGCUCAGGUACCACUAGAUACGUAGAACCAUCUGGCAUCCAGCUCCUAUUUGACCGCUCCUCCUGAUGACAUGAUGAGCUGCAGCUGGCCACGCUGCAGGAGAGAAGGUUUCUGUGAAACAUGAGGUCAUCAGUGAUGAGGUCAUCGCUUCAGAGCGGCUGCCCCAUCAGGACCAGAUGUUGAGUAAAACCAGGAUGAGUUUUCAGCUGGAUGUUGGUUUAGACCAGAAAAAGCUGCAGUUUACUUUUAAACUGACAUCCAUGCAGGCUGGAGAGCAGGAGGAGUGGUUUGUUCUCACGUGGAAGGAGGAAGAGUUUAAUUAGAGAAGUUAAAGAGAUGAACACAAACAGACGGAAAGAAGCGCCGACAUGAUCGCCCAGCUCACUUUGCUCUGCUUCCUGUCCCUCUGUCUGCAGGGUGCAGGCAGCUGCUACACGGAGGGAGCCAUGUAUCAGUUCAGAGCAGCCGGAGAAAACUUCUCCUUCCCAUGCCUUUAUCACCUCCCUAAAACCUGGAAGAUCUUCUGCAGGGAUGACUGUGAGGGAGAAAACGUCCUGAUCAAAACGCAGGCAGACUCGGCUCAGAGCGGCCGAUUCAGCUCAGAGUACAAACACCAGCAGGAGCUGGUUGUUUCCAUCUCUCCUCUGACCAAGUCUGACUCUGGAACGUACCACUGCAGGACCGACGCCUCGGUGUCUGCAGCUUCAUUCACACAGUUUCAACUCAGAGUCACAGACGCGGUGCUGCAUAAAAGCAGCGGGCCGCAGCAGAAGCUCGUGUCUGCAGAAGUCGGCGGCUCCGUCAGCGUGGCCUGUUCGUUUGCUCUCUCUGGUGGGACGAAGUAUUUCUGCAGAGGAGACUGUGGAGGAAACGCUCUGGUGCAGACGGCAGGAGAAUCCGCUCACGGCGGCAGAUACAGCAUCCAGUAUGAAAGGAAAUCCUCUGCUGAGGGAGUUCUGCUGGUCACCAUCACUGAGCUGAGCCAGUCUGACUCCGGCCGGUACCGCUGUCAGCAGGACGGACCCAGAACUGCAUUCAUAGACUUUGACAUCGCCGUCACACCGGCCGUUCAGCCAUCAACCUCCAGACCAGAAACCUCUCAGGCUUCCUCUCUUCAACCUGCACAAAUCCAGGUUCCACUCAGCCACUAUGUUCCUGUGAUCGUUGGUGUGACUCUGGCUGCCAUGGUGGUUCUGGUCUCAGCAGCUCUGCUGGUUUCCUGCAGGAGACGAUCUCUGAGAGGUUUGAGGACCAGAGGAGGCCUGGAUGCUUCAGUCACUGAGACUCUCACCUAUGAGAACUGCUUUCCAGAGGAUCCAGAGGAUCCAGAGGAUCCCGCCUACCAGAGCCUCCACCCGUCCACCCAGGACCAGAACCAGAUCUACUCAGAACUCACUCGACCCAAAUGAGAAGCUGGACCUCCGCAGCUUUGCUCACUGCUGCUGAAAUAUGAAGCACUGAAAGACAAACUAACAUUUAAAAUGUUUGAAGAAGAUGAUUGAUCAUUCAGAUGAAUCAAUGUUUUCUGAAACUGCUUUUAGGUUAAUCUGUUUAUUUUACCACUUGAGCUCAUGUAUUCUGCCUGAGACCAGCUCAACCAGAACUUUGACCGUAUGCAGCUUAUGCAAUGCUGUUUUAUAUAUUUGUAUUUUUUUAACCAGAUCUGUGGCUUUAAAGCAAAAAUAA